UAUUCCAUAUAUACUCUGGAAAUUUACAGUUACAAAGUACCAUUUAAUAAAAACAUGAAUGGCCCCACACGGUGCAUAUCCUCCACAUAAUGCACCAACAAUCAGCCUGCAUUACCGAAUACCAGUUCUGGCAUUCGGCAUUCUUCAAGUGCUUUUCGGAGUAGCACUGAUAAUCACCGAUAUUAUAAAUUUCGGUAUAAAUCUUCCCGGUAACGCCUUUCUCUUCAGCGUUGCUGGUUCGGGGAUUUAUACCGGAGUGUUUUUCAUCAUCACCGGAUCGUUUGGUAUCGCAGCCGGCCGGCCUCUGUCAGUAGGAACGACACCACGCUCACGUCGCUGUCUACUCGUCACUUCCAUGGUGAUGAGCAUUUUAUCCACGCUCUUGGCCACAGCGCUGCUAAUUCUCCUAGCAGUUCUCUUGGCUGUAAACGUUCGUUACGAAGUUUGCUAUCCUGCAUUUACAAUCGCCGAUAUGUACCUCUGCGAGCUCUAUGUAUUUCGUGGACAUGUUUUCAUGGGCUCCUUCCUGGCAUUCCAAGGUGUUAUGUGGAUCUUCUGUCUGGGUCAGUCAAUUGCCGCUGGGGUCAACAUGUGCAAAUUGCCGAGAAGCACCACCACCACGCAGGUCGUGUACGUGCAGCCUGGAUACAGUUAUCCACAGGGCGCUCCUGGACAAGCGAUCCAUUUUGUCACGGGUCAGCCUUCCGGAUUGGGUGGUCCACCUGUUCCCAUGGGAAAUCCGCCUGUGUUGAAAUCGUAAAAAAUGGCGAGUUUCAUAGCCUACGAGUAUUUUUCAAUAAAUUGCUGCUUUGAAAGUUCAGUGGAUGCUGCAAGAUUUUUUCUACCUACUUUAGGCCAGGUGUUGAGCUGGCUAGUCUCAUAUUUCGUUUUUUCUUCGCUCUUUACUUCGUACUUAUCAACAUUAGCAACCAGUCAUCUUUAAACGGUCAACGGUCGUUGGACAUUUUCCUUAUCAAUAAUUUUAAAGUAUGCAUGCCGAAUCCAGUAAAUUAUUGCUUUAUAUGUAACAACUGGCCGUUUGAAAAGGACAUUGUAAAACUAUUAAUGUA